AGCAUUGGUUUAAGAUCUCGAUGUGGGUCAACGAUGCAGGGCCAGCGGCCGAUGUUUGUACGCCCAGUGGGCCCCGGUGCACCCAUUGUGGCCGCUGCUCCUGCCGCUACUGCUCCUGCGGCUGGUGGCGGCAGAUGGCCGACCGCACAAGGAAAUAGUGCCACAAGAUCAGUGCAGGUCAGAGCAUCUGGCAUGACUGCCGGCACGGCAACAACUGCAAGUCCACCAUUGCAGUUGCAGGCUGCACCUUCGCCACAUUUUCCAGGGGCAGGUUGGAACCAGCUAGCAGAACAUAGUGCUUACGAUGCAGCGCAGAAUGAAUUGCAGGAAGACCGAGAUAUUAAUUCUUUGCGGAGCCCUGGUGGGUCUUUGGUGUCAUCAGUGACAACGCUGCCUUGUGGAGGUGUUGUGGACAGUGCUGCAGGACUCGGAAGAUGGGGCGGAGUGAACAUGCAGGAGGCACUUGCGACCAUGGAAGUCCUGGCCAUUCGGGUCAACGAGUCUUUGGAACAGAUGCCAUCACGACUUGCAGAGGCAACCUCUGAGGUUCGUGCAGACACAACUGCACUUCGUGCUGAGAUCCAGGCUAUGAAGGAAGAUCUGACUUCUCAGCUAGGUGAAGGUUUGUCAGCAGAGCGCGACCAGCGCCAAGAGCUAUUGCAGGAAGUUCACAGCCUGGGACACGAUUUGCGUGAUCAGCUCAACCAGGAAGUGGAGAGGUUGCGAGAUAGCGUGAUGCGAGAAAUGCGCGAGCGCAUGGACGGUCAAAAAGUGCUUCGGGAAGAAGUUCAGCUUCAGCAAGGAUCUUUGAUGCGGUUGACAUCGCGAGUGGAGGACUCGUUUGUGGAAUUGCGCACGGAGAUUCCGCGGCUUGGGCAGGAGCAAACAGCGGUGCGAGAUGAUUUGCAGCGACUUCAAGAGGUUGUUGGUAUGAACGGGCACGCCGGCCUGCAAGCACGACUUGACCAAUGCGAGAAAAUGCUCAAAGAACAGAGGGAGCUGCAAAUGGCUACAGAAAGUGGCUUUAGGCAAGAAAUGAAAGAAGUGACAGCUGCGAAGGAUUUCAUGGAGCUCAAGAAAAUGGUCAGCGACCAGAAUGCUGGACUUCAGAAGGCGGCUGAUGAUGGCCUGCAGACGACACGAAUGCUGGAAGAGCAGAAGGAGGCGAUUCGGUCAUUGCAAGAACAGCACGUCAGUGGUUCAGCAGCACUGAAAGAAUCCAUCGAGCAAGCCGACCAAAUUUUUCGGCAGCUGCUUGAAGCAACGGAAAGCAAACAGAGAGAAGCACUCGAAGGCCUUCACCGGCGGCUUGAAGAGGUUCGACAGUGCCUCGAAUCUUCCAACCACGAGGUGCAGACGACUUUGGGCAUGCAGUUUAAGACCGAGACUACCGAUGUCAAGAGCCAAUUGCAGAUGAAGUUGGAGGGCGUUGAACAAGCUGUGCGACAGUGGACAGAGACGCGGCUCAGUGAAUCAGAAUCUUCCUCACAAGCUUGGGUUGAGGCUUCUGUGGUCAAUCGUAUCAAUGCUUUGGAUAAGGCAGUGAAGAAAGAAAUGGCCGAGCGCACUUCAACCAACGAACAGAUUUUGGGGAUGAUCACCCACAAUUCUGAGAGAUGGUGCCAGCUCCAGGCAAAAUUUGACGAAAUCCUUGUUUACAUCCAAAAAGGCACUUCACCAGGUGACUUUGCAGGAGGUGAUGGAUCUACCACAUUUGGAAGAUCUUUGGAGGACCGAUGAUGCCCGUCAUUUUGUCAGAACUCGGAGUGUUUGGGUGCUUACGCCCAUUCCUCGACGUGAAUAAUCUGACAUGUGCACAAAGAAGGAAGCCUCAUUGGAUGGUCCGACAAGACGACAUAUCGAGAAAUAACUCAUAUUGUAAUUUGAGACAACUGUGCGUCGUGACUCUUGGCUCAUGGAGCCAGAGAGCACAGACAAUGAGGCUCCAAUGCACUCGUUUCACAGAUUGAAGACAGGUGACGGGCAAUGUCCAUUACCGCUGACUGCAUCAGAUCUAGUUUUUUGGCGGAAAUGCCUGCCGUGGAGCAGGUUGGUGAAUUCAUGCCAAGCAGAAUGUUAAAUUCAAUGACCACCUGUACG